AUGACCCAAUAUAAAUUAUUUAUGUUGACUCUCUUUACCUUUUUUAUGAUAUUCAAUUUGACAACCGCUGAAAAACACCAUAAACACAAAGAUCCACUCAGCUUUCUUACUUCAUCAUCCAAUACUGACGAAUCUAGUUUGAAAGACUUGCCUCAAAUCUGGGAAGUCUUUGAAAAAGUCUUCGAGAAAAUCUAUAAUAACAAAAAAAAUCCCUUUGACACAAAAUAUCUUCAAAGAGGUGAAAGUCAUACCGUUGAUAUCGCUGUCUUACCUUCGAAACGCGAAUAUACAAUCACUUGCGAACGUCUUAAAGAUCGCAGCUAUGGUCAGACUUAUGAGAUUACCGUUGAACCACACGACAAAGAUGAGGACGAACGAGUCUAUACACUAGUGUUUCCGUUCCGCGGAGAAUUCGAUGCCGAUGAAGGAUCCAAUGACGAUUCCAGCAAACUCAAUUCACCAUCCUUUGUCGAAAAAUUUGGCGGAAAGCAUUACGCCAAACAUCAUUCAGAGAAUCGAAAGGAAAGUAUCGCGGAAAUUUUCGAUCACAUCUUUCAUGACAACCAUAAACUUGUUUCUGAUGACUUUGAAGUUGAAUCACGUCGUCGUAGGGAGUAUGAGAUCGCUAUUCUCCCGAGCUACGAGAAAUGGAGAUUGGUUGUCAAACGUAAGGGAAAGACUCAAUAUGGUCCCUUAUAUAAAUUGACUUCCUCUUCCGAGGAAGUUCUCGAGAAACAUGAAAUUACUUUUAUUGUUCCUUAUGAUGAUGAUGAGUAUCGCCGUCACGAAUAG